CUCAGUUACAAACUGAUUGUCAGGUUAGGUUGCCCGGACGUUCUCGCUAGCGCCGUUUUCCAUUUGCCUGCUGCCGAGCGAUAUUAGUUAAGUAUACGCUGAGACCACUGCGUUGGUGCAGCCCGCCGCAAGCUGGGCUAUUGCUUCAAAAGUGGGGCGUAACCAGCGCUGGACUCGUGAUACUGAAAAUGGUCACAUCGAACGCCCUCUAGCCUCAGCAAAUUGCAACCUGUGGGACAUGCAACGGCAACGUGGUGCCAGCAGUGGAAUCGGUGCCCCGACGACGAUUCGACUGGUGUUUUGGCUGUUGGUGGCUGCCGCAAUAGCCGGAAGUCAUGCUCGAGAUCUGCCAUACUCGUCCCGCCACGCACGGGAGCAGCUGCCCUCGCCACCGCCACCGGUCCUGCGGCUGCUGCACACGGAACGGCGGCUGCAGCAAUACACGGCGCAGCCGCCGCAGCUGCAACCGCAGCUACAGCCGCGGAGCUGGCGGCGGGUGCAGCAGCAGCUACUGCCGGAUCCCGGCGUCAGCAGCUACAGCUACUGCACCACGUCAUCAUCGGGCGAAUGUGCGCCGUGUGCCCAGAUCCCAUACUAUGGCGACCCGUGCGCGUCGGACGACGGUUACGGCGGCAACGGCUUCGCCUGCGUGCUGCCGGACCGGCCGGAGGAGUACGAGGCCACGUGGGGGGUGGGGCUGUGCGGCUGGACGUCGGGAGGCACCUACGUCAGCUCUGUGUGGGCGCAGAUGCCCAACGGCACACAGGUGCCGGCGGGCGAGCUGUUCGGGUUCGAGGACGCCGCGGGCGUGUUCACCGUCACGCUGCGUCUCGACUGCCCAUGGAUGAUGCAGCUGCCGGCAGCAGCUGCAGGGGGCGGCGAGGGCGGCGGGCCGCGGCUGAGUUUGAACCUGACACAGUUUGACGGCACGCACGACUGGGCCGAGCUGAGCCCUGUCCUGAGGUACAACCUCAGCAGUACACCGCAGUACACGGCAGAUGCGCAGUACGUCACGUGCGCCUCGUGGCGUACGGCGGUGGCCACGCCCUCGACUGCCUGCGGUUGGCCGUUCCGGCGGCUGGUGGGGCUAAACGCCACCGUGCUAACCACCAACGCCCUGACGUUGGACGUUUGUUCCGUUCUAGAUCCAGCAACCCAGAAUUCCACCAUCUCAACAACGGUCUUGUUCGGUCAGGUACCGGAGCCGCCGCCACCGUCUCCAGCCCCGCCCUCCCUGCCGUCUCCGCCCGUUGCGCCCAUCGCGCCGCCGCUGCCACCCGACGCGCCGCCGCCACCACCACCACCGCCGCCACCGCCGCUGGUGCCCUCCCCACCGCUUCCUGCCCCUCCUCUGGCGCCGCCUCCAACGCCUCCUGCACCUCCGCCAGCCCCGCCCGCGCCGCCGCCGCAGCCGCCUUCACCUCCACGCCCUCCUUCUCCCCCGCCCAACCCCUCCUUCCCCACGCCCGCCAUCGCCGCCGCCCAGCCCUCCGGCUCCCCCGCGGCCACCGCGGCCGCCGCCACCUGCCCCGUACCCGCCGCGGCCGCCGUCGCCGCCGCCUCCCUCUCCAAGGCCGCCACGUCCCCCUUCCCCUCCUCCAAGGCCGCCCUCGCCCUUGCCGCCAUCCCCACGGCCACCAUCACCCCUCCCGCCAAGCCCUCGCCCGCCCCUGCCGCCGUCACCCGUGCCGCCGUCUCCGUCGCCACCCUCACCUCCACUACCCCUCCGCUUGGUGACCCCUACUGGACGCCCUCCAUUCCCCCGCCCCGCCCGCCCGUGCCUCCCCUUCCGCCCGCCGCCUCGCUUGUGACCUCAGAGCUGCUACUGCCAGCCUACGUGGCAGAGGUGUCCGAGCUACAGCCGGCAAUGAAGCUUCUCGGCAGUAGCUGGGUGGCGACUGUGAAGACCUACAACGUGAUGCUGCAGCUGCGCGUGCCCUCGUCCAGGUCCGCCAUCCGCGCCUCCCCCAGCCAGCCGGCCGCCUGUGACGUGUCCGACGUGGCGUCACUGCAGUCCGCCAUCGCACGUGACAUGCCGUACAACGCCUCCCUGCUGCGCGUGGCCUGCUCCAUCACGCUCCCCGCGGAUCCUGCUACAGCCGCCGGCGGCAGCAGUAGCAGCGGCCGAAGGCAGCUACUGCUAGGCGCUGGCGCUGGCGGAAGGGCCGAGAGCCACGCCUGUGGGCAGCAAUCACUCUGCAACGCAGUCUCGGAUCCAGGAGCUGUCGAGUCGCCAUACCCGGCGGCAGUAGCCACGGCGGUGGCAGCUGUCGGCAGUAGCAGUGGGCAGGGCAGCUGGACGGCUUCACGGCGGCUGCUGCAGGCCACUACUACUGCCGCCCCACCGGCUGCUGCUGCUACUGCCUCCAGCCUGGCUGAUGAACUCGCGGCUGCUACUGCCGCCGAUGGUGGUAGUAGCGGGUCACCGCCGCCGCCGCCGCCGCCCGGCACGGCAUUGGGGUGUGGUGCGGAGCUUCAGCUCAACGUGACACUGGUGGUGGAGGUGGCCGGCGGCGCGACGUCGGCCUCGGCGGCGGCGGCGGCGGCGGCGGGCGGCGGACAGCAGGAGCUGCUACAGCCGCUGCAUGACCUGGCGGACCGGCUACUGCGGAAAUACGCUCUGCUGUCCGAUGGGGAUGGCAGUAGCAGCGGUAGCACGCCGCCCCCCGCCUCCUGCCUCCCAACGUGGUGGGCCUCCCGCAACGACUUCGCGCCGCAGCUGCCCACCGCCGUGGCUAGCUCCAUCCAGCUGACCACCGUAUCGGGUCUGCCGCUGGACCCCACCGGCGGCGGCAGCAACAACAGCAACAGCACCGCGGCUGCAGCAGCAGCGUGCCAGGCCGUGCAGGCCGCGGCCGUGUCUGCGUUCCAGGCGGCACUGGGGCUGCUGGCUUCAACCUCUGUUUCGGAAACUUGGGGCAGCGGCGGUGGUGGCGCGUGCCUCAUCGAAGCGGCAACGCCUACACGCAUCAUGGAGCUGUUCAUGGCAGCCCCGGUGGGCGCCCCCGGCUCAAGCGGCGGCGGCGGCGGCGAUGAUGGCUCCAGUGGCGUGCCGUUGCCUCCGCCGCCAGCCAGCACGCAGUUUCGUCGUGAGACACCCGCGGCCCCGGGCAGCGGCAGCGGCAGGGGCACCGACUUGGCGUCCCUUGCCGUGCCGCCGUCGCCGCCGGCCUCGGGGGCACAGCCUAAGGCGACCGUUGGCAUGCCUAAUUGGGCGGUAGCGGUUGUAGCGGUGGUUGGCGUGCUGUUACUCACUGGAGUGGGCGUGGCGGUUAUGCUGCUCAUCAAGUCCGCCGGGCUCACGAUGCUGGGCGGCGCAACCGCCGCCUCAGCAACUGCCACAACCGCUUCCAGGGUGGCGGCGGCGGCGGCGGCUGGCGGCGGCAAUGCCUUUGCAACCGGCGCAAGCGCCUCUGCCCCCGGGGCUGUGGUUAUGAAUUCAUCGCCGCUGUUCGAGGCCGAUGCAGCUGCUGGAAAUGCAGCCCCAGGCGUCGUAGGUGAGGGGGUAGGGACGAACGUGGCUGAGAUACGACCUGUUGUGUUGUGAUGACAGAGGCAGGGGCCGCGGUGCCACCACAGCAGCAGCACACACAGCAGCCACACGGCGGAUGGAUGAUGGAUGGAGCGAGGGGCGGGACGCUGUGCAUGGAGGUGACAAUUUGUACUUGUAUCUGGGCACGCACACCCCACCAAGACUCGGCACGUGCUGAAGUGCUGUGUCGCUUAACCAGUCGUGACAGCAGAGGAUUAUUGACGAUGCUUAAAUAUGCGAAACAGAGAAAGCAAGCGAGCACAACGUCGGAGAGGGUGUAGGCGCUGUCGUGUGGCACCCUACUGGCACUACUCACCCGGCGUUGUGUGUCGGCGUUACGUGUUUGUCACGGACGUGCGGCAAUGCCCACACUGGUGCAAUGUGAUGCAUGCACGAGAGCCGAGAUUAUCAUUAGCUUGUUGGAUGAGUACUGUAUGCCAAUCGGCCGUAGCAUGUCGCUCGGGUGAUACGCAUUUUGAGUUGUAGCCUGGCUUGCAUUGGGGACUGAAGCAACACAAGCAACAAUUUAGUUGGCUUGGGGGCCAUGCAUCCACAUUAUUGCACGCGCGGACUUUUUACUUCUUUCACGUCAUUCAUAUACUGGGAGUGUAGCGCGCUGGAAUGCGCAUACCAUAUCAUGCUAUACUGGUUCCUUGUACUGAGCGAGAACUGCGGUUUAUCAAGCUUUCUGUCCAGUGUGUGCGGGUGCGGCUGCAAACCCCUAACAAAUGGUGUGGGCGGGAAACUUUCAAGCAGCCUCAGGGUAGGCACGAUGACGUUGGCUGUUGAACAGUGCGUGCUGGGUACCUUUAUGUACGAUUGUGGCGGACCGCAUCGGACCAUCAGAUCGGACUGUGGAGGACCCUGCUUUGCGAACACAUCGCAAGAGAUGGUGAAGCGAAGUCCUUUUAUUUCGCCGAUGUGAUGGAUGGUCAGUGCAGCACUCCGGAACCUGGCUGGGGAGGGGUCGCCUCUGUAUAUAAUACUCAGGCCUGUCAUUACGUCAUUUACGUGGCACCCACGACUUAGGACAUUGCCGUAUCAGGGUCAGGAAUCUGUUACAGCAGACCUCUCUAUUAUAUAUUGGCAGCAGGGAGCCACGGGGAGGUCCCGGCAUUAGAGGCCCUGGCUGCCCCUGAUGUCUACUGCCGCAAGUACCGUACGUAUGGGCAGGGCGGCAGGCCUCUGGCUCCUGGCUCUAAGGACGGAAUAGCUGUUUAGGCUGUUACGACCC